AUGCAAGUCCUACAUGUGUCUACAUCCCAGCCUUUCCGUGAGUCGAAGCAGAAGCCCUGGGUUGGGGCUGAAAGAGCAGGCAGAGUAUCUCGUUUGCACUGUUUGGAUACGGGGAGUGGUGGCAUUGGAAACUUGCCACCACUCCCCGUUGUAUCUGCAAGGUUGGCGUUGCCUGUGUCCAUCAUUCCUGUGCACAACAAACCUGUUCCAGCAGUAAAGCUGUGGGAGAACCUGUCGGCAGGAAGAGCAGGGGCAUCUCAAGAAGCUUUUGUUCGUUCUUUGUUCUCGUGGACAUGGAGAUCCUGCGAAUCUGUUUCAGUUACAGACAGAGCUGGUGACAGGGGUGCGAAUUCUGGUCUCCUGCUUGCUGUUAUGACAGCCAGGUCACACUGUCCUCAGCCCCCUGCCUGCGUCACCUUCAAGCAGCUGCCGUGUAUAAUGGAAGUAUAUAAACUGUCUCUGACAAGGAGCAAUACCACAGAUGGCCAGCGGGUGCCAGACCAGCUCCACAAAAUUCCUUACAUUACCGGCUGGCGAGAGCAACCCGUGACUGGUGCCCUUGAGGAUGGCGCAAUUGCAUUGUUACUGAAGGCAUCUGUCAGCAGAGGCAAGUGCGAUGCUUCAACUGAGUGCAACAAGGACUUGGCUGCUAAUGAACGGGCAGGCAUCAAUGUAUCCUUCAGCUGUGCUGCUGAGGCUCCUGAUGCUGCAGGGAAACGCAGCAGCAGCUGUGUCAGGCCCAGCGACCAAGCAGCACCUCGAGUAGACUCUCAUCUGCAAAGAGCCCGUCACCCCCUCUACCCCCACCACGGCAGCGCAAGGGGAUUUCGCUGCAGCGAGGCUGGUGUGGGGAACACCACCACUGGCAGUGAAGGUCACGGCUCCCACCUCGCUCAGGGUGCCUUGAGCCAGGAGCCCCGAGAGAGGGAGGUGAGCAGCACUGCCCCCAGCACCACUGCUGUGCAGGACAAGGGGAAGACGGAGCAUCUGGGAGGCUCACAGAGAGCGUCUUCUCAGUCCAUGUUACAUAUCCGGAGGAAGAAAGGAAGGGGUUUUUGGUCAUUGGCAAGACAUUGGAAACGUCAGUCCCCACGUGCCCUUGUUCCCCCGUUGGGCACCAAGGCUGGUGUGGGGAACACCACCACUGGCAGUGAAGGUCGCAGCUCCCACCUCGCUCAGGGGGCCUUGAGCCAGGAGCCCCGAGAGAGGGAGGUGAGCAGCACUGCCCCCAGCACCACUGCUGUCCAGGACAAGGGGAAGACGGAGCAUCCAGGAGCCUCACGGAGAGGUAAGGCGGGAAGCUCUGCAAUCUGGAACCUGGGUGGCCUUGUUCCCCAGUGUCACGUUUUUGGCGGCUUGAAGUCUGCUGGGCAUUUACAUGGGCCUGUGCUUCUGUUGACAGGCCUGCCACUGAGACAGACCCAGGAGAUGGAUCAUCUCACGAGUCCUCGCUUUAGAAGGGAUGACGACUUGGAAGGAGAGCAGUGGAAGGGUAAGGGCUUUAGCCUACCCCCUGUCAACGGGACACUUCUCGAUGUGCACAGAACAUCUGCUGCUGCCUUGAAGGAACAGGUCAACGUGCCCUUAAUGCCAAGGCUGCCCAACAUCAACGUGGAUGGCAGCUUCCCACACAACUUCUCAGUGAACUCAGAGAUGGCCAUUGGUCUGGAGCGCAGAGAGGAGCCAGGACGUGGGAAUGCCCAGGAAGGCAGACCCCCUUCUGACCCAGAGCAGCUGUUGCUCAAUGCACUCACGUGGCUCAGCAGCGACAACUGGGAGCUGAAGGAGAAGGGACUCCUCAACAUCAAAUGCCUGGCUGUCUCCCAUUCAAAAGUCCUUCUUUGCAGACUUCGUGAGGUUUCCUUGGCAGUCACCAAAGAGGUGACCAAUCUCCGCUCCAAGGUGUCUCACUCUGCAAUCGUCACUCUUGGAGAGCUCUUUGUGACCUUGAAGAAGGACAUGGACUCUGAGGUGGAUGAGGCUGCUCGGGUCUUGCUCCAGAUGGUUUGGAACCCCUCUGAGUUCCUUCAGAAAGCAGCCAGUCAGACCCUGGGCAUCAUGGUGGAGAAUGUGACUCCUUCGCGAGCAUUGACUGCUCUCCUGGAUGGAGGCCAGUAUGUUCAUCUUUUCCAAAUGAUAUUCUUCACCUUAUAUUGUGUGCUAUGGAGGUUGCUGUGUAUGCUGAUAAGUCAUCAAAAAUUUAAUAGGCUUUUGUAAAAAUUUGUUUCCACACGUGACUUGAAUGAUAUUCGGGCAAGAAUUAAGAAGAAAGGGAUAGAAGACCAUGAAGGUGAACCUCCACCUGUUGAGAACCUCAGGAAGAGAGGGAAAAAUGACUUGAUGCCCCAGGCUAGAAUGCCUUCUUGUGGAAGUUCAAAAGUCCAUCUGAUGUCACUUCCAACUGUGGAAGAAACAGAGACACUCCAGAAGCUUUAUGAUCUCCUGACAGCCCAGGACUUUCAGACACGAAUAGAGGGAGUGGCCCUCCUCCUGGAUCUCUGCAGAAGCAGCCACAGGCUCAUCUCCAAUAACAUUGUCCAGCUUUCAUGCCUUUUGUUUUCUUCACAAAUUUUUGAUUAUUUUGUCCCGAGGCUUUGCAAUUACAACAAGAAAGUGAAGCAGCAGGCAUUGGAGGCGCUGCAUUUGAUGAUAGUCAUGCUCAGAGAUGCCUUAAACCCAGUGCUGAUUCGUCUGGUGGAAGCAAUCACCAACAAUCUGAACUCAAAGCACUUGGGGAUUUAUGGUGCAGCUGUGACAGCACUGGAAGCAUCCAUUGUUCACCUAGAUAAAUUAUCCCUACUGAAAGAGUUUAGCAACCGGAUGAGUCAAUUGAGUGGCCAAGCUCUGCUGGAUGUCACCGAACGUCUCGCAGUGCUUCUGGCACGUGUUUAUCCCAGGAGCCCUGAAGUUGUCCAGCACUACGCCCUGCCUGUGCUCUGGUCCCUCCUGGGGAAAAAGAGCCAGCCCGUCCGAAGCGCCAACGUCAGGACUGUGGUGGCCAAGCUUGCAAAGGCCCUGCAUGAAGCCAUGGGCUCCAAGCUGAGGAAGCAUGCUGCCAACCAGCCUCAGAAUGUGGUAAAAAACCUCUCCAGCAUUUUUGGCUGGAAAGUUAUGUGA